AUGGGGACCAAGUUGUCCGUGUCUAUCGAGGGUGCAACGAAGCCUGAAAUUGCACCACGGGUCGAUCGUCCUCCCACAUUUGAUCCUCAGUAUGGAUUUGAAAAACCGAGAAAGGUGAGAGAGAUGAAGGCUACGUGGGAAGAAAUGGAGCAAUUCAAAUUGAAACCCGGUCAGCGUGAUUACUGUGCUCAUCAUUUGAUUACGCUCAUGAAGUGCCAGAGAGCCAACGCUCCGUUUGCCGGGCACCUUUGUGACGCUGAGCGAGGCGCCUGGGACAAAUGCGAAUAUGAGGACUAUAUAAUGCGCAUAAAGGUGGGAAUUUCUUACAAAUUAGCUUUCGCAUAUUUGAUUUUCUGUUCGGUUUUUGAAAAAUGCCUCGCGUUGCUUCGACCAGACCGUAAUGAGCGUGACAAAUCAUGUGGAUGGCUACUAAUGUCAAAAGCUCUUGAGAAAUGUAGUCCUCAGUGCCUUCGAGCUACGCAGUCACGUCUUGGAAAGAAAUUAGCUGAUGUAAAAAAUGAUCCAAACAUUCAUAAUGGUAUUUUCCUACGGCAGUUACUCAUUCGAAAUCCACAGGUGGGAAACCUUCACGCGGAACUCGUUCAAGAUAUAAUACUGCGAUUCAUUGACAUGGCUGUGAGCAGAGAUUAUGCACUGAGCUAUACUCCAUUCGAUAUGGGUGCGAUCCACAAAUGUCUGAAAGGCUUUUGGCCACGCUUUCCGCUGCAAUUUCCAAUCGUUUGUUAUCGCAGGAGGAGCGAGCAGGUUUUAGUACUGAACCUCAAAUCAUUUGGAAUAUCAUCUCUGCGUAUCAAUCUUUGCACACUUCUUUUCGAAUUGUUAUCUGCAGCUCUCGCUCACGCUAAGCCAGGUCAAUACAUUGCUCGCGAUCCUUUUGUAAGUAUUUUGGAUGAAGCCCUUAACGAUCCUCAGCUUCGCGAUGCAGCUUUGACAACCAUCCAGUCGAUCUGUAGCAAUGCAAGAUCUGCAAUGUUGCCAAUGGUAUCUCGAACGGUAUUAAUGUUAAUUUCCAAACUGGAUUCACCCAGUAGUGUUUUGUACGAUACUUUGGCUCAUAUUUGUCGGCUCUACGGUCCAGGCUCAACACUAUUUCGACAUUUAUAUCAGAUUUUCAGUGCCAUGAACCAUCCACUAGAUGAGCAGAAAUAUGGCUUAUCGGCAGGUCGUUUAUUGUCUGCAAUCGUUGAAACUUCGGCAUUCUUAGUCAAACCAGAGGUACUAUUGUCUAUCCAAAGGAAAAUUUGCGAGGAAGUGGUGCGCAGGCCGGAAUCCCUCGUGUAUCAUGGCUAUAUUACAUCUUUCUUAGUUAAGCAGCCACGAUCUGGUCUCCUCUGUAGCAGAUCGCUCGCACUGUCAUGGCUAGGUGUUCGGAUACGAUUGACGUGCAAAGUCUCCGACGCCUAUGUGAAGUCAUUACAAGACCAAGAAUCC